AAAGCAGAAACGACGCUAUGGACGAAGAAGUGCAAAAAAUCUUCAGCAAGUUCGACAAAAACGGAGACGGGAAGAUCUCUUCGUCCGAGCUAAAGGAAAUGCUUUCAACCCUCGGAUCCAAAGCUACCUCCGAAGAAGUGAAACGCAUGAUGGAGGAAAUUGAUCAAAACGGCGAUGGUUUCAUUGAUCUCAAAGAGUUUACUGAUUUUCACUUAUCCGAUGCCGGAAAAGACGAUUCCGAUGAGCUUCGCGAUGCUUUCAAUCUUUAUGACCUUGACAAGAACGGUGUCAUAUCUGCUAAUGAAUUGCAUUCUGUCAUGACGAAACUAGGUGAGAAGUGUUCUCUCAGUGAUUGCCAGAGAAUGAUUAGUAAUGUUGAUAUUGAUGGCGAUGGAAACUGUAACUUCGAGGAGUUCAAGAAGAUGAUGGCGCGCUAGAUGAGAGAAUCGGUACAUUUUCGUUUCUUCGUACGGUUAGGGUUUGGUGGUUUCGUUUGUACAUUUUCUACGCUUUGAUUAUUUUUCAGGAUUUUAGGCUGCAUAAUCAGUCAGUUGAAGUA